ACAGGUCGCAAUGGUAGGUAGUAUAUGGGGCUUUGGUGAUAAAACAAAUUGCUCUGUGAUAGACUGCAUCCAAUUUGUUGAGUAGGGUAUUGGAGGCUAUUUGGAGUCUCAUGAUAAAGGUUCUGAAUACUUAUGUUUAAGGUAUUUCUGUUAAUAAAUUUUCAAAAUAAUCAGACAGGUUUUCCCUUUGUCAUUGUGUGUGUGGAUUGCUGAGGAAACUUUUGUAUUUAAUCCAUUUUAGAAGGCUAUAGCAUAACAAUGUGGAAAAAAUCAAGGGGUCUGAGUACUUUCUGAAGGCACUGUGUAGAACUGUCACACCUCUUAUGAAUCCUGUUAGCCGUCUUCAUUGCUUUUCUAUCUGCAGUGUUCAGUACGUUGUACCCUCCUAAACGCAACCCAAGUUACAGAAUGAUGCACUUGCCUUAAGUGUACUCAACAGCCUCUUUCCCCAAAGCUGGAUUAUUUGCUGGAAGAACGGCAACCGCUGUAGUUUGACUGGUUAGCUGGAUCACAUGUCUGGUACGCAGAAAUGUUUCUGUCCACUGUGACAAUCUGUCUGGAAAAACUGUAACAGCAAAGCCGUCAACUACAUCCAACCUCAAUCAUAACAUUUGUUUUACAGUUACUGUAUUCACAAUCUGCAUUUUUCUUUAUACUGUAUCUUUUACUUUGAGGAGCACUUGGGCAGCGCGUUUAGUGAUUGAGAAAUAAGUGGGUUGCUGAGUGGGUUUGUGGUAGUAGUGUGCGUGCGUAUGUGUGCCUUCUGAGAGCCUUUGCAAUGUAUGAUUCGUUCAUGUUCCUUUUUAUUAAAUUGUUUGGUAUUCUGUAUGAUUAAAUAUGUAGCCAUCACCUCUCCCUAAAUGUCUGUCAUUAGUUCCUGAAUCUACUUUCAACUGGGAUGUUUUAACAGACACUAACAGUAGCUCGGUGAAUAUCUCCACCUCGUCAGCUGUUGUCCUGGUGUGAAAGUCUAUAAUCCUCACCAAAAAUGCAGCCCCAUGCUUAACUCCUGUGUACACAGAGCGUAUUCUGUGGAAUAGUAAUAGUGUCGUAGUCAUUUACAAUUUUAUGAAUGUAUUUUUUGAAAUGUAAAAGGCAAAUUGUAGUACAGUAACAAAAAUGUAUCCCUCUACCAAUACACAACUAAGCUCGGGGCCCUGGGUCUGAACGACACCCAGUGCAACUGGGUCCUGGACUUCCUGAUGGGCAGACCCCAUGGUGGUGAAGGUAGGAAACAACACCUCCGCUACGCUGAUCCUCAACACCCUCCUGUACUCCCUGUUCACCCAUGACUGCCAUGCACGUAUCCAACUCAAUUCAAGUUUGCAGAAGACAACUGUGGUAGGCCUGAUUUACCUACGAUGAGACACUUCCCCGUAGACAGGAAAAUAUCUUCAAUGUUGACCAAACGAAGGAGCUGAUUGUGGAUUUCAGGAGAUACUGUAGCAGAGGGAGCACACCCUCAUUGACAGGGCCGCAGUGGAGACGGUGGAAAAGCUUCAAAGUUCCUCAGCGUGCACAAAACAUGAAAUUAUCCAUCCCAACACACUGACGAAGAAGGCGCAACAGUGCCUCUUCAAUCUCAGGAGGCUGAAGAAAUGUGGCUUGGCCCCGCAGAGACUGUACAGGUGCAUCAAAGCUGGGAUCGAGAGAUGGAAGCUGUUUUUUUUUUUCAAUUUGCUCUAGCAGUUGUCUGUGCAGUUUGUCCUUCUGCUGUUUUGAAAAUGUAGCCAGAAUAUCCACAGAGUAGUGUUAAGAACCUUUUUGUUGUGUACUUCUGUUUUUUAUUUUCAAUACUGACGCAAAAUGGAACUUAACACUUGCACAGUAUGGCCGAGCCUAAUUGAACCACAGCCCAAAUGCCUUUAACGUCCAGCUGAUUUUCGGCUAUUGUGUACAUAUCGUGCAAUAAGUCAAGAGAUUGAAAAUACAAGUGACAGAACCUCCCGGCCCUCAAAAAGUAGGGAGAACAACACUUUCCUGUGGAUACCCUAUUUUCACCUACCACCAAAAGGACCAACAGCAUGUACAACCGCUACCUCAAAUAUCAUUUUAUUCAACAUUCUGUCUUGUAGACUAUUGUAUCUUUUUUACAGUGACUUCUUUCAGACUAUCAUGGAGUAACCAUGGUAACAGUCUGAUGUUUAGGGAACUGCCCUAUGUACAUAGUCAUUGAAUACUGGUCAUUUUAAUAAUGUUUACAUAGCGUUUUAACCACUUAUGUAAAUACCGUAUUCUAGUCAAGGCUCAUCUUAGAUACACCUUCUCUAUACUGUCCAUAAUGUCUAUACACAAUUAUAUAGGCUACAGAUAUUUAUAUUAAAGGACUCUGACAUUGCUCGUUUUAAUAUAUUUAUUCAUAUUUUGGGGGAUUUGUGUGUAUUGUUCGGUAUGACUGCACUGUUGGAGCUAGGAACACAAGCGUUUCAGAUUAACAUCUGCAAAAUAUGAAACCGGCCAAAAGUAUUUUAUUUGAUACACACAGACAUCUAGCUGACUCUUUCCCCCCAACCACUUCACACACACACUGAGAUUGAGAUCAAACGGAACCCGCUCACCCACCCGAAUCUAAUUUGCAUACAAAAACGAACCUUUGUCCUCCCGUGAAUGCCCAGCUUCCGCUUGACAGGUAAAUCCCCUUGACGUCUCCAACUCCAGAGGACCUUUUUCAAGAAAAUACAAAAUAAAGACGUAGGCCUGUCUGUUAUCCUCCAAGAAAUAGCCUAUAUCUGGACAAAUAUACUGCAACAGUAUGUGUGGUUUCGAUGGAGUAUUUGGCUGUUUUGGCUGCCAGAACCAGUCUACCUCUGAAAAUAACAUACACAGUCCUUCGACCAUGAGUAAUAACGUUACGGUAUGCUCCUUGAGAUUUCAUCUUGAGAUACCAUUCUGUCUAGCCUGCCCUGCACAGGUAUUCGUUUGCAUAUUUCGAAAGUAAACUGAUAAUCUACUGCUAAUGCUUUGAACACUUGCUCUAACGUUUCAGAUGCACAGUCUAGAGUGACACAUUCAGUAGGCUAUACUGUCUUCGGUAUUGUGAAUGUUUCUCAACAAAUAAGUAGAAGUUGAAGUGGCUUGCUGACUUUUGUAUGUUAACACUAUGGAGAAUGACAGAGUUAACUGUGUGUGUUGUGUACAAUCACCGUGUCUGUGUGUCAGAUAAGGAGAAGGGUCCGGGGUGGCUGAUGAAGAAGGGGUUUACUCUGAUCCUAGUGGGCCACAUCAACUUCAUCCUGGGAGCCAUCGUUCACGGUAGCAUCUUGCGUCACAUCUCCAAACCCAACGACCAGAUCACCACAGAGUUCACCGCAGCCAACAUCAUCUCUGUCACUUCUGGACUGCUGAGCAUUGCAACAGGAAUCAUUGCCAUAUUGGUGUCAAGAAAUCUGCCAGUUUGGAAACUGCACAUAGGUCUUCUGAUUAGUUCCUUCCUGAAUGCCCUACACUCUGCGGCCUGCGGCGUCGGGCUCCUAUUGGCUAUUAGCCUCACAAUUACCAAUGAGGGGCGGGGCCUCAUGAUGGGCUGCAACUUCACUGACCAGCCAAUCAACGCCCGCUCGCCAGUCAACGCGGACUGCCCCUUCGACACCACACGGAUAUAUGACACUACCCUGUCUCUGUGGUUCCCAUGUGUUCUGCUGGCAGGACUGGAAACAGGACUGUCCAUCUGGUGCUUUGUAGUGGGACUGGUACUGAGGGGUCUAGGACCCUGCUCACACGCAUACCUCAAAGAACAGCUGGAGGAAGAGGCUCUGACCAAUAGGGCAGCAGCAGAUCCAGAGUACUCACCCCAAGGCCAAAGCCUGAUUGGAUAGAGGACUGCCACACUCAGGGAGUGAUGACUGAACCUCGUCCUCUUCAGAGAACCUCCCUGAUGCCACUCAUACCAAAGUCUCUCCUCUCCCUCUCAGUGAGCGGCUGGACUGUAAGAUGACCAUGUCUCUAUUUGUUCACGUCCUCUGAGAAUGUCAACCUCCCCUUGAUCCACCAACAUUUCACAAAUGCAAAAUGACAAACGCCUUUAGUGUAGAGGUUAUUCAUGGGAUGAAUAUCCUCGUUAUAGUAUUCCGCUAUGAUCAUGGAAAUGGUUGUAUUUAAUCACAUUUGGCAUUUAUCAUGCCGUUAUGCCUAUAAAUCCUAUCUUCAUUUUAUUCUGACUUAUGGGCAAUUCACGAUAUACUUUGUUUUACAAUUAAAGGUCAAAUACACUGCAUUUCAAACAGUCAGCAAGAAUCUAAUGAAUUCGGGGCUUGUGAAGUUAUACCUAGGCUAAAUAUAAGCCUUCUACAACCACAAGACCCGCUAAUAUUGUUUAACCUGCUUUUUGCAAUAAUCACUGAUCUGGCCUUGUAGUCUAUGAAUAUGCCCUUUUUGUUACAGUUAACCCGAACCAUGCAUAAUGUAUAACUUCUUGUAGCAGGCAUUAUAGAAAAUUAACACUUGUCUCAUAAACAAUCUCUCUAGCACAAGCCCACGUGCUACUGAGUAACCAGCUAAUCUUUAUAUUUCAAGUUUAGCCAACUUGGAUCUAUUUGCUGACAAAGUAGAACAGUUUGUUCUACCUUGUUAUGAACACACCCUUCUGUCCAUCUCCUAACUGUUUGAACGGCAUGCUAGCCUGUCAGAUAUUGAAAUCAAGUGGUCUACCUUAUUUCUCAAAAUGAGAAUGAAUAUUACUGCACAUUUCUAAAACACAGACUAGACAGCUAAUAUAACAGUCUUUGGCUAAAAUGCUGCUAGAGGUAUGUGGUACUGCAAUGCAGCGCAUGACAAACUGAGCAUUCAUUUUCCAAAAUAUAUACUCCUGUUUUAGUAGUCUGCUCUCGUGCAAUUUGAGGAGUUGAGACUUAAAAGGGUAUCUUUAGAGGUUAACUUAUCCUCUAUUACAGUAAAAAAAUACUAUCUCAAUAUCUUUCGGGGGUUCAUAUGACUGAUUCUGUUGGACCAAACCGCAAAUGCAAAUAGUGACUAGCAAGUUGAAACCACUUGUCACAGAGUGAAUGAAGUGAUCUCUCGUGUGUGUGUGUGUGUGUGUGUGUGUGUGUGUGUGUAAAUGUUAAGGUGCACAGUCACAGCAGAUGGAGCGAAGAAAACGAGACCAAAAAGGCAUGAGAACAAGCGGACAUAAACGCUCAUAAAAAUAAACAUGAUACUUUUUGUGAUACAGGCAUUUGGAAUAUCGCGCAAAAACACUAAUUCGAGUUAAUUCAAUAUAAUCGCCCAGCCCUACUUGAUAUAUGUAGGAAUAUAGCAAUAUCCUGUCCGAGAAGGGUUCUGUGGUUCAAUAUCAAUUGUCUUGAAUUGCAUCCUCUCCUAUCCCCCAGUUUUUUUUCCUGAUGGUGCAUAUGAAGGAAAGGAAACAGGGAGAGGAAACCACUUUAGAGUACUGAGAUGCGCCCUGAGAGUUUGUUUCAGGCGUAGCUGGGGUGGGCUCACAUUCCCCAACACCAGGCAGAAGCGAUCAGCUCAGUGCUGAUGCGGUUAAUCUGGGGCUGGGUUAAUCUGGGGCUGGGUUAAAUAGAGCAGGGUGUAAUCUUUGCAUGCAAAGCUAAUCCCCCAAACUGAGGGGAAAAUCAAUAUUGACAUAAGGAGGUGACUGACACUAUAAAGCGGGUUACCUAUGCGUGCCCGGCUGAAGGUUGUCCCUCCAGGGCUGCUGUAUGUUGUUGAUACUACAGUAGUAAUACAGUGUGGUUUUGGAGUGAUAGUUAAUGUAAGGCUACUCAUCAAGAUGAGCUGGAUUUUAGAGUUUAAACCCUGGUGGGUUGUUUGGAUUGUGGUUCAUUAAUUGUUCGGAAUGUGGUUCAUUAAUGUUUUGUGUAUAAGAGUUGGGUCAAUAUCCUAUUUAUUCAGUAAAGGAAGUUUAAUUUCAAUUAAGUUUUAAUAGUUUGGUUUUUUUUUUUAGCAUGAGUGGAAUUUAAUUUCACCUCCUGAAAUAAACUGAAUUGAUCUACAUUUAAUGAUGUACGGUUGAAGUCGGAAGUUUACAUACACCUUAGCCAAAUGCAUUUAAACUCAGUUUUUCACAAUUCCUGAUAUUUAAUCCUAGUAAAAAUUCCCUGUCUUAGGCCAGUUAGGAUCACCA